AUGGCUGAUAACACGAGAACCGAGAGCGAUGCCUUUGGCGAAAUCCAAGUCCCCGCCGACAAGUACUGGGGAGCUCAAACUGAGCGAUCCCUCUCUAACUUCCGAAUCAACCAACCUCAAGAUCGAAUGCCCCCUCCGGUUGUUAGGGCAUUCGGUAUCUUGAAAGGUGCUGCGGCCACCGUCAACAUGCGGUACGGACUUGAUGAGAAAAUCGGCAAGGCCAUCCAACAAGCUGCCGCCGAGGUGGCUGACCUCAAGCUCAUUGACCACUUCCCCCUCGUCGUCUGGCAAACCGGCUCGGGUACUCAGUCCAACAUGAACGCCAACGAAGUUAUCUCGAACCGAGCUAUCGAGAUCCUUGGAGGUACCAAGGGCUCCAAGAAGCCGGUCCACCCGAACGACCAUGUCAACCGUUCCGCUUCUUCGAACGAUACUUUCCCCACUGUCAUGCAUAUCGCCGCUGUUCUCGAGCUCGAAGGCGAGCUCUUGCCUUCUCUAAAGAGCCUCCGAGACGCGCUACAGAAGAAGGUUGACGAUUUCAACGCCAAGAACAUCAUCAAGAUUGGACGAACCCACCUUCAGGAUGCCACACCUCUAACUUUAGCGCAAGAGUUCUCAGGAUACGUUGCUCAGCUAGACUUUGGUAUCAAGCGAGUCGAGAGCUCUCUGCCGGAUUUAAGACUACUUGCUCAGGGCGGAACUGCUGUUGGUACAGGAAUCAACACUUUUGAGGGCUUUGCCGAGGCGAUCGCCGAGGAAGUCAGCAAGAUGACAGGAACCGAGUUCAAGACAGCACCGAACAAGUUCGAGGCACUCGCUGCACACGACGCUAUUGUCCAGGCCUCCGGUUCUCUCAACACCUUAGCUGCGUCUCUUACCAAGAUUGCUCAAGACAUCCGAUAUCUUGGCAGCGGUCCCCGUUGCGGUCUAGGUGAACUAAUCUUGCCAGAGAAUGAGCCGGGUUCCAGUAUCAUGCCCGGCAAGGUCAACCCUACUCAAUGUGAGGCCUUGACUAUGGUUUGCGCUCAGGUCAUGGGUAACCACGUUGCCACGACCAUCGGUGGCAUGAACGGCCAGUUCGAGCUCAACGUCUAUAAGCCCCUUAUUAUCCGAAACCUUCUACACAGUGUGAGAAUCCUUGCCGACGGCAUGCGUUCGUUUGAGAAGAAUCUUGUCGAGGGUCUCCAAGCCAACGAGGAAAAGAUUUCCAGCAUCAUGAAGGAAUCGCUUAUGCUGGUUACCUGCCUCAACCCUAAGAUCGGUUACGAUAUGGCUUCCAAGGUCGCCAAGAACGCACAUAAGAAGGGUCUAAAUCUAAAGGAUAGCGCAAUGGAACUUAACGCCUUAACAUCAGACGAGUUUGACACCCUCGUCAAGCCAGAGCUCAUGAUCGGGCCCAGUCCUUAUAAGGGUUAG